AUGUUUUUAUUGAAAAUUCUCAGCUUAUGCUUGAUCAUCCAUAAACCUAAAGGUGACAUAAUUUUAUCUACACGAGCAUCAUGGAAUCAAACUGGUAUUACUAUAAUCGGAUCGUUAAACACAACAAACAAUGCUUCAUCGUUCGAAAUUUCUUCUUCUUAUGAUAUGUCAAUGUCCUAUGGCGAUCGACUGUAUAUCAGUGAUACAAGUCAUGAUCGGAUUUUAAUUGUUGACAUCAAUUCUCCUAAUGACGUGUCAGCGAUUGGCUCUGGCCCAAAUGGUUCACUCGGUUCAUUCGACGCACCGUUUGGAAUCUCCACAACGAACACUUCGCUCUAUGUUAUUGACUUUGGUAAUAAUCGUGUUCAGAAAAUGUUACUGAAUGGCUCCGAUCCGAUUCGAGUCGCUAGUAUUGCUCGUCUGGAUCGACCUCACAAUAUUUUCGUUGAUAAUAACGAUAAUAUCUAUCUCAGUGAUACUUUCAAUCAUUCCGUAUGGCUUUUUCUUUCAAAUGGAACGAAUGGAACGAUCAUUGCAGGUGAUACAACCUAUGGUUCAGAUGAUAAUCAACUCGCUUUUCCCAAUGGAAUCUUUGUCAAUUCCAAUGGUACUCUAUAUAUCGCAGAUCUUGGAAAUAAUCGAGUUAUGAAAUGGUACGCAGGAGCUUCGUCCGGUAUUCGUGUCGCAGGAAACGGAACACGUGGCAGUAGUUUAGCACAACUUAACUCUCCCAUAUAUGUUCUUGUCGACACGAAUGAAUAUGUCUAUGUUAGUGAUGCUUGGAACCAUAGGAUUAUGCGUUGGGCACCAAAUGCGACAGUUGGAGAAUGUAUCAUUGCUUGUACAGGGAAAAAAGGCUCGUCUGAAACGCAACUAUACUUUCCAAAUUCUCUAGCACUCGAUAGUCAAAAUUCACUGUAUGUUGGUGAUUAUUCAAACAAUCGAGUGCAAAAAUUUCAAUACCAAAUUCCAUUUUAUAAUCAACCAGAAUUGAGCCCAUGUGCGGCGUGGAGUUCAGUAGGAACGACAUUUGUCGAUAAUGAAACAAUUGGAGCAAGACCUUUUGGGUUGUUUAUUGACAUUAAGAAUACAAUUUACAUUCCUGAACGAGCAUUAAAUCGUGUGCAAAUCUGGAUGGAAGGAAGUGCAACUCCGACAUUAAAUAUCACAUUUAACUUAAGCAAUCCGAUGUCGGUCUUUGUCACGAGUGUCGGAGAUGUUUAUGUUGAUAAUGGUUCAUCAGGAAAACGAGUUGAUCGGUGGAUGGUGAAUGCAACGAUAGAUGUCCCUGCGAUGUAUGUUCAAGAUUCUUGUUACAGUGUGUUUGUUGAUAACAACAAUAGUUUUUAUUGUUCGUUGGGUAAUCUUCAUAAAGUUAUGAAAAAAACGAUGAAUUAUGUAGCGAAUCAGACGGUUCUGGUAGCUGGAAAUGGUACUGCCGGAUCGGGAUCAUAUAUGUUAAAUUCUCCUCGAGGAAUUUAUGUUGAUAAGACAUACAAUUUGUAUCUUGCCGAUUGUGGGAACGAUCGAAUACAAUUUUACCAAUCUGGUCGAUUGAAUGGAACGACAAUUGUCGGACAAAGUGCGAAUAAUUCUUUCGAUCUCGAUUGUCCAACAGGAAUUAUCGUUGAUAAUAAUGGAUAUUUGUUUAUAUCUGAUUCGCAGAAUAAUCGCAUCAUUGCAUCGAGUUCAUAUGGUUUUCGUUGCAUCAUUGGAUGUACAAAUUCUGAAUUGAACCAUCCACAGAUGAUUAGUUUUGACAAAUACGGCAAUUUAUUCGUUGUUGAUACUUAUAACCAUCGAAUUCAAAAAUUUUAUUUGAUAAUCAAUACGUGUGUUUCUCAAUCGUUAACAACGUUUGUGGCAACAGGUUGUCUAAAUUCGUCUACUUUCGGUGUGUAUUGUAAUGCAUUAAGUAAUCCUUGUGCUGCAUUGAACCCAUGUCAAAAUAAUGGAACUUGCAAUCUCAGCAAUACAACAUCUCUUGGUUAUAGUUGCUCGUGUCCCGUUGGUUUUAACGGUAGUCAAUGUGAAUAUAAUAAUCGACCGUGUCAAUCGAAUAUUUGUUGGAAUAAUGGGAUUUGUAAUGAAACAUCGCCAACGACAUAUUCGUGUGUAUGUGCUGCUGGAUGGGAAGGAAAGAAUUGUCAGACAAAAAUCGAUUUUUGUCAAGGGAUUACUUGUCAAAAUAAUGGAGUUUGUCGUUCGAGAUAUUUGAAUUAUACGUGUGAAUGUCUUAGUCAAAGUUAUUCAGGUCGAUUCUGUGAAAUAACAUCAACAUCAGUGCAAACACGUCAACGAGUGGCGAAAUCAUUUGGUAUCAUUGCAAUCAUUGUCUUAAUCUGUACUGUUUUAUUCAUCCUUACUCUCGAUGUUAUAAAAUAUAUCUGUGGUAUUGAUGUGACUGGAAAAGAACUGGAGAAGAUCCGCGAAGAAAAACAAUUAAAAAAACAAGAACGUUCAUCGAAUCGUCGCCACAGAAAAUCACAAUCGAAAUAUGUCAAAAGACGCAUUCCGAUUAUUAUUAUCUCCAUUAUUUAA